AAAUACACUUUUCAGAGAACGCAAUAUGCUUUGGCAAUAAUUUUGGAAAGAGAAUAUUGUGUGUGGGCUCACAUUCGUGACAUCUAUAAACAUAUACAAUUAUACAUAUGCAUAUAUAGUUAUAUAUAUAUUAUAUAGUUUUAUACAUAUAAAUAAUUACACGUGACCUGUCAAAAUAAUUAAGAAAAGUUAAUUACCGGGAAAUAUUAAUUCUGACAUACUAGGAUUAUUUACCAUUUGUUUCGAGCAAUUAUAAUUAUAAAAUUAUGAAACAUUUUCAUAUCAAUAAUUCGUGAAAGUAUUAUUGAUUUUUCAUAAAUAUUAAGUAAAUAGGAAAUAACUUCGCAGAAAGAUUUUUUAUAUCUAUUUAUAAAUCUGAGUGUAAUACGUAAGAUCUUCUGUGCCAAUUACAUUUGGUUAUAGUAUGUAUAAGCAAAACAAUCGUCGAAAAGUGGACAGUCAAGGUUAAUGUACAUAUAUGAUACACCGAAAAAGAGUUUUUACUAUUUUAAUCAUCGCCUUCAAACAGAUUUAUCUCGUAUAUCGAAGUAUAUAAUAUUUUGAAACUUCUCUUUUGAAGAGUCUAUUGCUUUCAAAAAAUAAGUAAAAUUAAUGUUCGUGAUAUGAUUACGUGCAGUGUGAACUACCAAAAAUAAUUCAAGAAAAAAUUAAAUUUAAUUACUUCAAAUAAGAUGACAUCUCUUGUUACGACACCUACAAAUAUAAAAAGAUUUUCCCAAAUUAGAAAUGUACGACAAGGUAGUGUUAUUGAUUUGGACAUUGAUAUGUUCCUUAAAAUAACGAAUUAUGAAGAUACUGUUCGACAACUUGACAUUUAUUAUGGAAUUGUUAAAAGGCAGUUAUUGCGUUAUCAAAGUUGUAUCACAGGAUUGUUUCCACAAGUUUCAAGUGAUAAAGUUGUUGGAAGCGUACGAGAAAGUAUUUAUUGUGCUGCUGCUAUAUGGAGUUUAUAUCAAGCAUAUAGGCGAAUAGAUGAUGAUCGUGGAAAAUCAUAUGAACUUGGUCAAUCAGCUGUAAAAUGUAUGCGUGGAAUUUUAGAAUGUUGGGUGAAACAGUCUUCCAGAAUAGAAUUAUUUAAGCGUAAUCAAUGUAAUCGCUUUGCAUUGCAUUGUAAAUUUCACUUAGAUACUGGUGAUGAGAUUUUCAAUGAUGUUGCUUACAAUCACUUACAAAUUGAUAUUGUUUCUCUAUAUUUAAUAUUUCUUGUACAAAUGAUUUCUUCUGGAUUGCAAAUUAUAUAUACCCAAGAUGAAGUAGCUUUCGUACAAAAUCUUGUAUAUUAUGUAGAAAGAGCAUAUCGUACACCAGACUAUGGCAUGUGGGAACGUGGUAGUAGAUAUAAUGAUGGUACACCUGAAAUUCAUGCAAGUUCUAUAGGUAUAGCAAAAAGUGCUCUUGAGGCUAUCAAUGGAUGUAAUUUAUUUGGAGAGAAAGGAGCUUCUUGGUCAGUUAUAUAUGUUGAUAUUGAUGCACACAAUCGAAAUCGUAGUAUUUUUGAAACAAUGCUUCCAAGAGAAUCAAGUUCAAAGAGUGUAGAUGCAGCUUUAUUACCAACAAUAUCUUUUCCUGCAUUUGCUACUCAUGAAGACGUACUAUACAAUGAGACGAAGACAAACAUAGUUGGCAGAUUGAAAGGCAAUUAUGGUUUUAAGAGAUUUGGAAGAGAUGGAUAUAAAACAAUUUUAGAAAGCAAAGAUCGUCGCUAUUAUAAAUCUGGUGAAAUCAAGGAAUUCGAUAAUAUCGAAUGUGAGUGGCCUCUGUUUUACAUUUUCAUGAUAAUAGACGGCGUUUUUAAAACUUUGCCAGAACAAGUUGAACAAUAUCAGAAUUUAUUGAAAGAAAGAAUACAUAAAGAUAUCAAUGGAGAUCCUGUAAUACCUAUGUAUUACUAUGUAUCUGAAGAAAAUUUGGAAACAGAAAGAAAUGAUCCUGGUAGCACUUACCGUAUAGCAAGCAAUGAAGGAAGAGGGCGAAGAGCUUCUGGAGAUUCUGAACCCAUACCCAUCUAUUUGUGGAAUCAAGCUAUGUUUGUAAUUGCACAAUUACUUACUGCUGGUCUGCUACACAUCAAUGAAUUAGAUCCAAUUCGACGGUAUCUACCUUCAUAUAAUAGACCACGGAAAGCUGGAAGGUAUUCAGCUUUUCAAGCUAAACCCAGUAUUGGUACUCAUACUGAUCUUGUAGUGCAAAUCGUUCUUAUUGCCGAGUCUAUGCGACUACAAGCUAUGAUGGCAACAUAUGGUAUACAAACGCAAACUCCACACGAAGUAGAACCUGUUCAAAUAUUGUCAUCUAUGCAAUUAGUAAAAGUUUAUGAAAAAUUAGGUGUAAACAGUAAAUUAAAUUUACAAGGCCGACCAGCCAGACCAAUUGGUUCUUUGGGUACAAGUAAGGUUUAUAGAGUAUGUGGCAUGACAGUGCUCUGUUAUCCUUUGAUAUUUGAAGUAUCAGAAUUUUAUCUUUAUAGAGAUAUGGCAUUAUUAAUUGAUGAUAUUAAGACUGAACUUCAAUUUGUGGGUAAAUAUUGGCGACUUUCUGGUCGACCUACAGUAUGCUUACUAAUACGGGAAGAACAUAUGAGAGAUCCACAAUUCAAGGAAAUGCUUGAUCUCUUUGCAAUGCUAAAAAAAGGUUACUGUGAUAAAACAAAAGUUCGAAUUGGUCGUUUGCAAAAUCUCAUUUCAUCUUCAUGCAUUGAACACUUGGAUUUUAUAAACACAAUUGAAACAGAUCUUGAACUUACACAAUUCAAACAAUUAGAACAUGAUUAUAUUGGAUAUCAAAGCCUCACAGAUGUACCCAAAGCUUUAACUUAUGCUGAUGACAUAAAAGAUUAUUCUUAUUACAUGAAGGAGCCAUUGUACAAUAUAUUAACUGAAAUUCGUAGUAAUAAAAAUCUUUAUUCAUUGUGUCAACUGUAUGGUAUUUUAUUAGAACGAGAGGGUAUUGAUUAUGAGAUUAAUGGAAUAACAGUUGGUGAUCACUUGAGAUCGUUGUAUCAACAAGCAGGCUGUCUUAGAUUUUGGAUGGUUGUCCGUUAUUGCAGUAGCUUAUUAAAUCACACAGUUGAUAGUAUCAGUCCUUUCAUAACAGGCGUCCUUGUUAAAGGAAAGCAGAUAACAGUUGGCGUUAUUGGCCAAGAAGAAACGGUGUUUGAUAAACCAAUGACACCAACAGAAAUUCAAUCGGUGAUGUAUUCUACAAUUCAGCCACAUAACGUUGUACAAGCUGUUUUGCAACAAGAAGUUUUAUUAUACUGUGGUAGACUUAUCGGAAGAAAUCCAGAAAUGUUUAAAGGAAUAUUGAAAAUUCGUAUUGGAUGGGUUUUAGAAGCAAUAAAGCUGUAUUUACAGAUGUUUGUUAAAAACCCGAAACCGAUCGAAAAUUAUAGUCCUUUUGAAAUUCGUCGAUUCUUAAUAAAAGUACUAACGGUUAAAGAUUGGGCAGUCAGUAAAAGACUCACAGUUUUGGGUCGCAGAAGACUUGAAGGAUGUCUCUGUAGGGUACCUGCACAUUUUUAUAACUAUGUUUGGGAAGUAUUAUUGCGAUGUCCAGGUGGUAUUUGCGUGAAUGGGCAAGAGUUACCUCAGCAACCUACUCUUUCUAAUAUGACUCGUUCCGAAUUGACAUUUGCAUUACUCGUAGAAUCAUUGCUUCAUCGCAUACAAUUACCAGAAUACCGUCAAAUUAUUGUAGAGCUUCUUACUACAGUCUCGACAAUUUUACUUAGAAAUCCGGAAUUGAGUUUUCAAAAGCAAUUGAAUCUUAAUAAACUUGUUGAAGAUAGUUUUCAAAUGUAUUGCAAGGAUCAUAAUGUAGAAGAAACUAAAGAUAUGUCACCACUUUUCUCCGCCGACUAUUCGAUAACUACUGGAUAUCUUGCUAGAGCUGUAGUUAACAAUGUGCUCACUGGAGGUUGUUUUGCAACUAUUAAUGAUAUCAACGAUGCAAUUGAAAAUCGAGAAACGUGUAAGAUUACAUAGUUACCAUAGUUUCCAAAUGUGUUAACAAAUUAUAUUUAUGUAAGAAUAGUGACCGAUUGUCUUAAAUGUAUACCUACAUAUUUGUAUAUUUCUUCAAGAAUAUGGUUUAUGACCAUUGAAGUUAUAUAAAAGCUACAGGAAUUUCAUUUAAAAUUUAUAUUUAUGUACGAAUCAUAAUGUAUGUGUGUUACAAAAUAAAGUUUUCAAAUACAUUAAAGGAAACUGAAAUGAAAUGUAUAUGCAACUGUACAAAUGUAAA